UCAUCUUUCCAUAUAUAAGUUUUUUAAUUGAAAUAAAAUGAGGGAAAGAAUAUCCGUUUUCUUCUUUGCCACAAAACAUUUUCCUUUGGGGCUUUUCAUAUAUUUGGUUCUUCUUCAGCUCCUCAAGUUUCGAUAGGGUUUUAGUCAUAUCCAAUGGCUUCAAGUUCAGAGAAAACAACUCUUCUUCCUCCAGAUGAGAAAAACGAUACUAAGGAAGAGAGUAAGAGUCCUAAACCAGAAUCAGCCUCAGGAGCUUCACCUUCACCAUCACCGACUGAUCCUGGGCUUGAUUUCAAUGCUUUUGAUUUCUCCGGCAUGGCUGGUAUUCUCAAUGAUCCAAGUAUCAAGGACUUAGCUGAGCAAAUAGCUAAAGAUCCUGCUUUUAACCAGUUAGCUGAGCAGCUUCAGAGAUCUGUACCAACUGCUUCGCAUGAAGGAGGUCUACCUAACUUUGAUCCACAACAGUAUAUGCAGACAAUGCAGCAGGUUAUGGAGAAUCCUGAGUUUAGGACAAUGGCCGAGCGUCUUGGUAAUGCUUUGGUGCAGGAUCCACAAAUGUCUCCCUUUUUGGAGGCUCUUGGUAACCCUGCAGCAACAGAGCAGUUUGCGGAGCGUAUGGCGCAAAUGAAAGAAGAUCCGGAAUUGAAACCUAUACUAGCUGAGAUUGAUGCUGGUGGUCCUUCUGCUAUGAUGAAGUACUGGAAUGAUAAAGAUGUGUUGGCAAAGCUAGGUGAAGCAAUGGGUAUAGCUGUUGGAGCAGACCAGAGUGUUGCAGCUGAACCUGAGGAGGCCGAAGAAGGGGAAGAGGAGGAGUCUAUUGUUCACCAGACCGCUAGCCUCGGUGAUGUCGAGGGUUUGAAAGUUGCCUUGGCAUCUGGCGGUAACAAAGAUGAAGAAGACUCCGAGGGAAGGACUGCAUUGCAUUUUGCAUGUGGAUAUGGCGAGGUGAAAUGUGCUCAAGUUCUUCUGGAUGCUGGAGCAAAUGUAAAUGCGAUUGACAAAAACAAGAACACACCAUUGCAUUAUGCUGCUGGUUAUGGAAGGAAAGAGUGUGUAAGCCUUCUCCUAGAGAAUGGUGCUGCAGUAACUCUACAAAACAUGGACAGUAAAAAUCCCAUUGAUGUGGCCAAGCUAAACAAUCAGCUAGAUGUGGUGAAACUACUUGAGAAGGACGCUUUCCUCUGAGCUGCUUUGACUCUUGAAGGAUAUGUUUCUUCUGUGUCCUGUAAUAGUGUCACAGAGUCUGAUUGCAACCUUGUCUUCUGUGGGUGUUUUUCAUCAUUAAAUCUGAAAAAGAAAAAGAUGGAGAAAAUGGAUGUUUAUUAUGGUUUUGUAAUGAAAAUUAUUUUCUUCUUGAAUUGGUUCUCUUUUGGCUC